UAUAAAGUUCAAAAAUAUCAAAUUUUUAAAAAUUGGUGGUAUAAUGAGUCUAUCGAAAUGCAUCGAUCAAUACACGAUCCUCACUGGUGAUCGAUCCAAAAUCAAGGAUAUUAUGGUCAACCGUCUAAUCGAAUGCGGCUGGAGGGAUGAGGUGCGUCUCGUUUGCCGCGAUGUACUUCUCCAGCGGGGCUCGAGCAAAAGCAUCCCAAUUGAGCAAUUAAUACCAGAAGUGACUGCAAGGGCACGCACACUGGUACCAGAUGCGGUGAAAAAGGAACUAUUGAUGAAAAUACGCAGUAUUUUGUCGCAAGAGAAUGCAGAAGAUAAGGCAGAUGGCGACGGUGAUGGCGACGGCGAAAGCGACGACUAGUCUCUAAACCAUUUACAUAUUUAAGUUCAUUUACUUUUAAUUACAUUUAUGAUUUUAACAA